UUGAUGGUCGCUCUUCGUACUCACCUACGAUACUUGUAAACAGUUUUUACAAAAAUAAUUUUUAUUUCAUCCAUUUUCAGUCUAGUCUCCUCGACAAUGAUGGUGGUGUAAGAUGACCUGCAUAGCUGAAAUCGAUCCUAUCGCUAUAGAAGUUACAAAUGAAAUCAAUGAAAAUCUAAACCGAGACGCAACAACAACGUCAGCGACUUGGGAACAUGAACACUUGGCAAAGGUUAAAAUCCGGGUCCUCAGAGGCCAUUUAGAUGCUAUAAACUCUUGUAAAUUCUGCAAGUUCGAUCAACAAAUCUUAACAGCCUCUAAUGACAAAACAGUGCGCCUCUGGGAUUUCAACACUGGGGCUCAGAUCCAAUGUUAUGAGGGUCACUCAAGCUAUGUCAGCUGUGCCAGUCCAUCCAAGGACAUGACAAGAUUUGCUUCCUGUGGAUGGGACAAAAUGUUGCAUGUUUGGGAUACAGCAACAGGAAAAAUAAUGUGGUCAUCUCGUCACGAUGGCAUCGUGACUUGUUGUUGCGUUAGCCAUGAUGGUAAACUUGUCGUGUCAGCGUCUGAUAUGGAUUACCAUAUUAGGAUAUGGGAUAUGCAGUCAGGUCAAUUAAUCCAUCAUAUAAAAGAUCUCCACACAAGUACAAUAACAAGUUGUCAUUUCUCUAACAAUGAUGACAGGGUCAUUACAACCUCCAUGGAUAAAACAGUCAAGUUUUGGGAUAUCACCACACAGAAAAACACAGUUUCAUUAACAGGGGAGCAUAUUAAUGUCAUCUCAGACUGCAGUUUCAGUCAAGAUGAAAGAAGACUUGCCACAGUAUCCUGGGAUAAAGAUGUCCUAAUAUGGGAUGUACCCACAGGAAUGUAUAGGUCAAGCGGGCCAAUAAAGCUGGCAAAAGCUCAUGAAGGAUCUGUUAGCUCAUGUGCUUUCACUCGAGAUGGUUCCAUACUGGUGACAGGCUCCUAUGAUACAAGUCUGGUAGUUUGGGAUGUUGAGAAUUGUGUACAGAAAUUAAAACUUCAGGGACAUACUGAUUGGAUAGAAGAUGUAGAUAUAAGUAGGGACAAGAAAUGGCUUCUCUCUUGCUCUAAGGACAAGACAGUGAGAAUAUGGAACAUAGAAAACACAGAUCACAUUCCAAAAGUGAUUGAGAACAAAAGAUCAAUUGGACUCAAGAUGGUGAAGUGUUUCGAGUGUGGGAAACCAUUCUCCAUGGCACAGGUUGAGAGACCUGAAGACAGCACACAGUGUGUCUUCUGUAGGAUGGAGAAACGUAUCAACAACUCAGAAUCUCAGAACUUUCUUAGAGAAGUGGAACAAGACCAUGCUGAUUUAUAAAUGUAACAAUUGGACCACACUGAUUUAUAAAUGUU